GGGGCGUCUACGUAUAUAUGACUGCGACCUCAGAGCCCAUUGAGGCACUAGGCCAGUUAAAGCAUCAUGGCGGAUGAAGUGGAGCAGCAACCACCUACCAACACGGUGGAGGAGCCUCUCGAUUUGAUCAGGCUCAGUCUGGAUGAGCGGAUCUACGUGAAGAUGAGGAAUGACCGGGAGCUCCGCGGUCGACUACAUGCGUAUGACCAACACUUAAAUAUGAUCCUGGGGGAUGUGGAGGAGACGGUGACAACAGUGGAGAUUGAUGAGGAGACGUAUGAAGAACUUUAUAAGUCUACCAAGAGGAACAUCCCCAUGUUGUUUGUCAGAGGAGACGGCGUUGUCCUCGUAGCUCCGCCUCUCCGAGUCGGCUAAGCCCCCCAUGCCUGACAGGAUGAUGUAACUGCUUCUGGGAAGUGUCCAUUUUUGUAGGAGAGUGUUAUAAAUCUUCAUUUUCCUUAUGCUAGACUGUUAUUUCAUCUUUAAAUUUCAUGUGAAUCAGAGGCUCUUCUCUAGGGCAAAAUGUCUGAGGGGGGAAAAACCCAGGAAGUAUGAUGUGAGGACACUUUUUUUUAUUUUUUGACACAUUCUGGGAUUGUAAGAAUCGGCCUCAGUAGAUACUAUUAUUUUUAGUAGAAAAACAUUUUUCUGAAUCUUAUCAGUUCCGAUUGAGUCAUUCCAGUGUUUAUAAAGACUCGGGUCCCCUUGUGAGCGAAAUGUUUGUUAAAUUGCUCAACUUUUAUGUUGAUUUUUAGCUAAAUGAUUGCAUUUGAGUCCCAGAACAUUCUUUUUCUUUUACAUGACGUUAGUGUUUUAUGAUUUAGUCAUGCUCAGGUUUGAAAAUUUUGUUUUUAUGUGGUUGAAUAAAAAGUGAAAAUAAGAAA